AUGGCAGAACCUCCAGGCCAGCCGUCAGAGGUAGGGGAGAGUGUCAUCUCCCCAGAUCGGCUAUCCAUGCCGCUUGGCGCACGACUCCCGUUGGCACUCACACUGGCAUCCGUCUCCGGCUUACUCCUCGGUCUCACAAAGGGCUCCAUGGAUGCCGGUCUCGUAUUUCGCGCCGAAAAUGCUCAUCGGCUACCCACUACUCAAACCGGCUGGUUCCUCUACCACAAGUCCAAGAACUACAACAUGAUGCUGGGUGGGGUGGUGGAAGGAAUCAAGCAAUCCAUCCGCUAUUCCGUCUGGGUCGGCGUGUUCUUCGGCAUGGAAGAGGGCGUGGAUCGMGGUAGGGCGGCUGGUCGCAGAGCAUGGGGUAGCGUGGCGACAACGAGGGAACGGAAUGAGAGGCGGGAAAGGAUGUUGCUGGGAGAGGAGGAGGAGCUGCGAGAUGUCGCUGUAGGACGUGACUGUGUGAGCAGCAUGCUGGCAGGUCUCGGUACUGCCGGGCUUUUCAGUGCGUGGAACCGCUUUCCACUGGCGACAGCUGCUAGAACAGCCAGGAUGGGCGCCAAGGCCGGACUGGCAUUUGGUCUGUUGCAGGAUGCUGUGGGAGUAGCGAGGGGACGUAGGAUCGGAUACAUCGAGUUCGUCAAGGGGCUUGUGAUUGGUGAGGGAGAGCAAGAGAAGGGACACCAAGCGCCAGCUUGA